AUGAGCUACAGUUCGUGUCGCAAGAAGAUAGUUAAGACUUGUGUGCCAUCUAACGAAUCAAUCUAUAACCUGCUACCCAAAGUUGAACAAGAGGUUUCAAAGUUGCCCCUGUACAAAUCCAUCUAUUCCUCGAAGGUUUUGAGAGAUUUGAAGAACAAAAAACACGACAGCAAAACAUUCGGAGUGGCUGAGUUGUAUCUGAAACCGCCGCAAGAAUUUCUUAAGAGGCAAGAACGUAAUGCCAGAAUAACCCUGGAAGAUACUACUAAAAAGUCCGCAGUCGCGCCUGUUCUGCGUUUCGAAAGAUUCAAGAAACCUGAUAAAAAGCAGCAAUCGACUCAUAAUUACAUUAAAGAGAACGUACAGUCUGUCCUUAAGGCACAACCGAAAAAAAUCUGCCAGCCAAUGUUGGUGUUCACCAAAAAGGGGGAUAAGUUCAGUUUCCGCGACAGUGGCAUGGACGCUCAUUACUCCAGAUGUCGGGAAUUUGGAAAGGUGCCCUGCUAUGUGCAACGUAGAAAGAAGGAAUUGCAAGAUGCCAGAGAUGAAUAUGACAGAAAGGUUUCAGACAAAAUCGGAGCUUGUGCCAUGAAAAAGUUGACCCCAGAAGAGAGAGAAACAUUGUUGUGCAAUCUGCACGAAAGUCACAAAAAAUUAUUCGAUCAGUACAACAAAUUGCCCAUGGUCAUCUCGUCUUUGACCAUGAAAAAUUUCAAGAUAAAGUUAGAAGUAGAGUUAUCGCAGUUGGAGAAAGACAUCAAGCUGCUGACCACUCACUCAGAAAUUUAUGUCGCCGAUUGA